GGGAGACAUGGAGCAAUCUUUCACCCUCGCAUUUUUGCGGAGAAUCAUCUCACAUCUCUGGGGGAGUGAGAACCACUCAUCCGUUACCCCAGCAUUGUCGAUGCAGCCACGUCGUAGAUCCGCGUCACUGGCCUGAUUACCCUGCAUCCGGCACGAGGGAACCCGCAAAUCCGAGGUCUUGGUUUUUGACAUUGCGAACAGACACAAGCCUGAGCAUAAAAAGCUCUCCAGUGGCAUGUCAACAACGAGAAUCUGUUUUCAGGACCAGCGGCGAUCUUGGUCCCCUUCCUCACCUAUCUUUCAACCCCCGAUAUCUUCUUCCUUCUGCCAUUGCUCUGUCGUUUACUCAACGCGAGCGAACAGCCCAGCCCAGCUUCUACAAUGUCCGAUCAGGCGGACAAGAUGGAGAGUCUCCAGAUUGAGAAGCCCGAUCUCAAGGUCAACCAGGGCCCCGAUGAUGGCUACAUCCCCGACACCGAGGAGGAGCGCAAGCUUGUCCGGAAGAUCGACCUAAUGUUGCUACCGACUAUAUGGCUUAUGUACCUCCUGUCGUACAUGGACAGAACGAAUGUUGGAAACGCAAAGAUCGCUGGAAUGGCAGAUGACCUCGACCUCUCCUCGGACCGGUACUCGCUUGUGCUCACCCUCUUCUUCGUCGGCUAUGUCGUGUUCGAAGUCCCUUCGAACAUGGUACUCGCCCGCGCUCGCCCUAGCAUCUUCCUUCCAACCAUCAUGUUCCUAUGGGGUUGUGUCACCCUCGCCACAGCCUGGGUGCCCAACUAUGCAACACUCGUGGGUCUCCGCGUCCUCGUCGGUCUGCUCGAGGCAGGUUUCGCCCCGGGUGUCCUGCUCCUGCUGUCGUCCUGGUACAAGAAGGAUGAGCAGGGCAAGCGAUUCGCUGUCUACAUCUCAGCCUCCAUCCUGUCGGGAGCUUUCGGUGGCUUGAUCGCCGGCUCCAUCACUGCUGGCCUGGACGGCGUCCACGGAAUUGCUGGCUGGAGAUGGCUGUUCAUUGUAGAGGGCGCCGCCACCGCGGGCUGGUCCGGCAUCGCCAUUUUCCUCCUCCCCGACUUCCCGGCCACGACCAAAGCGCUCAACGACCGGGAACGAGAGCUCGCAAUCCGGAGGCUGGAACACGACCAUGCCAGGUUCAACUCUCAGGCGGAAGAUGCGAGCCUGGGUCAUUGGGCGGCGCUCAAGCUCGGCCUGUCGAACUGGAGGACGUGGCUCUUCGUCGUCGGAUACAUGGCCAUUGUUGGUUCAGCGACCCUCUCCUACUUCUACCCGACUCUCGUCAACGGGCUUGGAUACACCUCACACAUGGCCCAGUACAUGACCAUCCCAAUCUACGUCGCGGCUUUCGUGUGCACCAUGAUCAGCAGCUAUUUCGCCGACCGCAUGCCCAAGUAUCGCGGCGUGAUGAUCACCAGUUGGAUGGCCGUUUCGAUGGUGGGCUCCAUCAUCACCUGCACCGUCUACCAAUUCCGCGCCCGCUACGCCCUCCUCGUCAUCAUAGCCUCUGGCCUCUGGGUCUCAAAUGCCUUAUCGCUGGCCUACGCCUCUUCGACAUUCGGCUCGAUGCCCAACGAGACAAAGGCUAUCUGCCUCGCCUUUGUCAACGCCAUGGGGAACCUGGCCCAGAUCUACGGAGCUUACCUCUUUCCCUCCGAGGACGCGCCAAAAUACCUUAUGGGCUUCGGCGUCAUCAGCGGUCUCUGCUUUACUGGUAUUUUGUCGUAUCUCGCCCUGUUUGUCUUGUUGAAGCGAUACCCGCAGUAA